AUUAUUGCAUUAACAAAUGUCACAAUGUCUUUUAUAUCGCAUAAGGCCAUCGCGGGGUCGUAUUCCUCUUCACUAGUCUACCUCAUCGAUCUCAACCUAGUCGGGACGUUGCCAUUCAUCCCCGCUGGUUAACAUACAACACAACUUCGAUCAACAACAACACAAAGACUUCAACAUGUGGAACAAAUCGCACAUCUACUUCAUUUUCUCGUCACUGGCUCUCCUGAGCAAUGCGUUGCCAUUUGAAAAUGCACCCAACAAUCGUCUCGUUGUUCCCCCAGCAAGAUCAUAUUCAAUUGUCAAUGUGGACGGAGGCUCCACCACACCAACCCAGCCUGAACCGACAACAGUCGUGGAGACUGUUCAAGUCACAAGUGCCGCGCCGACAACAACAACCACGGUGACGACCACUACAAUCCAACCAGCACCUAUACUUUCUCCUGUUUCCACAUCGACAAUUUCAACCUCAUCUACACCGACCACAAUAACUUCGCAAAGCACUACACUUGCGAGUUCAACAACAACACCUACCACGACACCAGCACCACAUGUUAUAACGGUGACCGUUACAGACACCGCCGGUCCAACCGAGUACUAUGACAACGGCCUUUGGCAUACAUACUAUCCUGUCAAGACUUUUGCGACAGUGGCUGUGGUUUCAGCAGCAAGCUCUUAGUGAGCAACAAUAUCAAGAGUGUCAAAACGAUACUUAAGCCAAUGCGCAUUAAUAGCUUAAACCCACUGGUGGGAAAAUCUGUUGCUCGAACCGAAUUGGAAAUGAUGCUUUCAUGUACAUUUUAGAUUGAUUAGGGUAUCGGUGUUUGUGAGUGACUUCAUGAGGGCAUGAGUAUGGAUCGCACGGAAUGGAAAUACGGCCUGGGAAAUCGGAACAUAUUGCAUUGGGUGGCGUUUCGAAGUGAACGAACACGAAUUCUACCAGACACCUAGAUAUAUAUGUUCGCACAGCCGACUUAAAAUGAAUAAAGUCAAAUCAUUAUCAGAUCGUGCGACAGAUAAAAACAAAGCUACAAGUACAUGCAGGUCUGAUCCGAUAUCGUUCCUGAGCUAUAACGUGAUGACGAAGCU